ACAACUUGCUUUUCCCGAUGCCCCGCCCCUGACACCUCCCUCCUUCUGUGGGACACAGCAGUGACAGAGCACGGGAAGAGCCUAGUGACAGGAGCCUCUUGUACAGGGUCACCCAGGGAGAAAAGGGGCUCACCAGGCAAACGGAGGCGCCCGGAGUCGUUCAGCUGGGGAAAAGAAGGUGGGAGCGGGAGAGAGGCGAAGCAGGAGCCGCCCCAGAGGAGGAGGAAGAGGGUGAGACGCAGAGGAAGAAAGAGAAAAGCUCCGGCUGCUGCCACUACCUCCUUCUGUCUGACAGCCUGCAGCCCGCCCGAUGCGAGAGAGACUCUCCUGGCACUAGCAUGGCCACUCCCCAGACUUGUACCCGCUUCACGGACGAAUAUCAGCUGUAUGAGGAGCUUGGCAAGGGGGCCUUUUCAGUUGUACGAAGAUGUGUGAAGAAAUCUUCCAGCCAGGAAUAUGCUGCAAAAAUAAUAAACACCAAAAAGCUGUCUGCAAGAGACCACCAGAAAUUGGAGCGCGAGGCUCGGAUUUGCCGGCUUCUGAAACACCCUAAUAUUGUGCGUCUCCAUGACAGUAUUUCAGAAGAGGGCUUUCAUUACCUUCUUUUUGACUUGGUGACUGGCGGAGAGCUAUUUGAAGACAUUGUGGCAAGAGAAUAUUAUAGUGAAGCAGACGCCAGCCACUGUAUUCAUCAGAUCUUGGAAAGUGUCAACCACAUUCACCAGCAUGAUAUUGUACACAGGGACCUUAAGCCUGAGAAUCUUUUGUUGGCAAGUAAAUGCAAGGGAGCUGCUGUUAAACUGGCUGAUUUUGGGCUUGCCAUAGAAGUCCAAGGAGACCAACAAGCCUGGUUUGGGUUUGCAGGAACUCCAGGAUACCUUUCUCCAGAGGUGCUAAGAAAAGAUCCCUAUGGGAAGCCAGUAGACAUAUGGGCAUGUGGGGUUAUUCUGUACAUAUUACUAGUGGGCUACCCUCCUUUUUGGGAUGAAGAUCAACAUAAGCUCUACCAACAGAUCAAAGCUGGGGCGUAUGAUUUUCCAUCACCUGAGUGGGAUACAGUGACUCCAGAGGCAAAAAAUUUAAUUAAUCAGAUGUUGACAAUAAACCCAGCAAAACGUAUCACAGCAGAUCAGGCUCUGAAGCACCCAUGGGUCUGCCAACGAUCAACUGUUGCCUCUAUGAUGCACAGGCAAGAAACCGUGGAAUGCUUGAGAAAGUUCAAUGCACGGAGAAAGCUUAAAGGUGCAAUUCUUACAACAAUGUUGGUUUCUCGGAAUUUUUCUGGAAUUGCAUUUGGAUGCCGAAAAGCUGCAUCCACUGUCCCGUGUACCUCUUCAACGGGGGACACUACUAUAACUGGUGUUGGCAGGCAGACCUCCGCCCCUGUUGUGGCCGCCACCAGUGCUGCCAACUUAGUCGAGCAAGCUGCCAAGAGUUUAUUGAACAAGAAGACAGAUGGUGUCAAGAAAAGGAAGUCGAGCUCCAGUGUACAUUUAAUGCCACAGACCAACAACAAAAACAGCAUUGUAAGCCCAGCAAAAGAAAACCCCCCAUUGCAGGCAUCAAUGGAACCUCAAACAACUGUUGUCCACAAUGCAACAGAUGGGAUAAAAGGAUCAACAGAGAGUUGCAACACCACCACUGAAGAUGAAGAUCUAAAAGCAAAUCCUGUCUGUUCUGGGGAUGGCCCUUUGCUUCUCCAAGGAUGGAGCCUAAGUGAAAGCAAAAUACAGACUGAGUCCUUGCAUUCACAGAUUGAUCUGUGUGGCUCUAGCACUACCCAGUCUUGUGAGGAGAAACUGCUUGCCUGGGAAAGCCCAGGGCAAACUCUGGAGCUAGAGCCUGCUCAAUCGGAGCCUAUGCUCACUCCAGUUGUACCAUUUUCUCUUAGCAAUUCACUGUUGCGCAAGCAGGAAAUCAUCAAGAUAACAGAACAGUUAAUUGAAGCUAUCAACAAUGGGGAUUUUGAAGCCUACACGAAAAUCUGCGAUCCAGGAUUAACUUCUUUUGAGCCAGAGGCCCUUGGCAACCUUGUUGAAGGGAUGGACUUCCAUAAAUUUUAUUUUGACAAUUUGUUGUCCAAACACACCAAGCCUAUCCACACCACCAUCCUGAAUCCACAUGUGCAUGUAAUUGGAGAGGACGCUGCCUGCAUUGCUUACAUCCGGCUGACACAAUACAUUGAUGCACAAGGACGGCCUCGCACAACGCAGUCAGAAGAGACCAGAGUUUGGUACCGCAGGGAUGGCAAAUGGCUGAAUGUCCACUACCACUGCUCUGGGGCCCCAGCAGCCCCUCUCCAGUGAGGAACCUACACAGCCUCAACACUGGAAGAACCUGUUCUUAGCGAGCGAGUCUGGAUCGCCUGAAUGACAGCAACAGUCCUGUCAGUUCUGAAGUUUUAAAAAAGAAAAAAGUAAAUAAAAAGUACAAAAAAAUAAAAAUAUUGAUGCCGGCAGAGGCCAAAAAUGCACGAAACCCUGCAUGCAUUCUGAGGCUGGAGCAGCUGCUGGCUAAUUGUUGUAUUUCAUGGAUCCAUCGUGUCCGUUCCUGCUGUAUGGAGGUGUUUUUAAAUUUCAGAAAGCGCAAAAACUAACAUUAAUUAUUAUAUACUGUUUGUUAAAAUCAGGCUGAGGAAAAGAAAGCUGCUUUUAUAGAGAAGGUUGUAGCCACCUUGGCAGAUUUUAGUACAAACUAAAAAUAGGAAUACAGUGUAAGAGAAGCAGUAGACAUUUUAAGUGCUGGUGGUUUGUAAACACCAGAGUAGACACUGGGUCUAACUUUUAGGACUCUGCUAUUGUCUUCAUUCAUUGAAUUGUUUACUUGCAGGUAGACCAGUGAGUAUGUUGUGUAGGCAAAGCCUCAGGAGAUGAUGUUUUUAAACUGUUAUAUUCAUAUUCACACUUCCACUUAAACUUUGCUAAUAUGCCUGAGGCUGUUCUUUUACCUCCAAUGUAGCAAGGGGCUGGAGAAGAUUUGUCAGUCACCUGCAGACUCCUAUGUAAAGAAUUUGUGUUUGUAAGGUAAUACGCAGGCAGAAUAAGGAAUGAAUCUCUUGUAAAGGAAAGAAUGUAAUCCUAGUAAUGUGCGCCCCACAGAAGGAACAUUUCAUUAGUGACGAUGUUGAUAUGAACUCUUGUAAAAAAAAAAUGUAGUAAAAAAAAACUGCCAUGUUUUGGGAGAGGAAUAUGACUUCCCCGUGGUAUGUGUUUAAAGGGGGUUGAUAUAUUUUCACAGCGAUAAAGCUUUGUGUACUCAGAAGCAGAUCUUGAAUCUAUCUGCUUGUAUGUCAUGAGUGAUCUGUCAUGAGUGAAAUAAUACACUGAAAUUGAAUGCGUAGAGAUGUAUGCAUGUCUUUCUAUGCUUGCCUGCACCUUCAAAACUAGUGUGUGGUCUGGUGGGCCCUCAUUUCCCUGCAAGAAGGAACAGUGUCCAGUUACAUUUAUAGAAAAAAAAGAGGUUUUAGUGUAACACAUUGCCCCAAGUCUGAAAAGCAUUCUGCUUUUCUUCAUUAUAUAUCCAGAUCACAACUCUGCUGUCUGAACCAAGGAAGCCUAGUGUAAGGCCACAUGGUAGCAUCAAAUUUCAGUUCAGAAUCAAAAUAGCCUGCGUCAAGCAAGUAAAUCCUAGUUUGGGUUGACUUUCGUCAGGGCUUGUUCAUCAUAGGAAAAAGCCAACCACAAACUGAAAUCCAUAAAUCCCAUCACAUGUAAGAUAACUUCACAUUUCUUGGACGCCUUAAUACUUAAAUAAAAAAAAUUAAAAAGACUGUUUAUUUGGUGAGGAAUGCGUUGUAGAUAUCUUACCUUGAAUGCACACAUCCUUGUUCUUCUUGACUUUUCAUACAAUGACUUUUAGUCCCAAGAGUAACUGAAAAACAGAAUAUCUGACUUGCUAUUAAGAAAACUGGUGAGAUUUCCACAGGGUUCUCCAGAUGUUUGACAGGUUAGAGUUGGAAGAGAAAUCAAAGAUGGUUGAUGUUGAGGACAACUGAUAAAAAGCAUUAGAUCUGGAUGUGCUUGUGAGAAAUAAUAAGAGCACAUGGGAGGGGAAUUGGGAACAUGUUCAUGCUUUACAGGGAGUUAGGGGGAUAUUUUUCCUUUUUUGUUGGGGAGCUGUUUUUUUUCUUCAUUUUAUUUUUUUCUUUUCGUAACAGCACUAAAUCUUAACAAGGUGGGGAGAUAAGCUUUUUGUUUUUAUUAGUUAUAACUGAGUAAAUAAGGGAAACCAAACAGAAAAUGAAAUAUAUGCAGUUCAAUAUAAAAUUUUAAAAAAUGAUGCAUGUCUUCUGUCCAUCACUGUUUACUUAAUUGAUAUUAUGGGAAUCACUCUGUAUCUAAUGCAUUUUUCUGAACCUACUUUUUGUUUUGUUUUUUUGCACUGACUUUGGGGAAAAGAAAAUAAAUCCGACCAUGUUUUACUUGUUCAGUUUAUGAAAACUUUAGCUUGUUAUUAUCUGACAAAGCAGUACAUUUUUAGCAUUGUUACUGUUAUCUUAUGGGGCUAAUGUAAGCAUAUAUAUAUAUAUAUAUAUAUAUAAUAUAUAUUAUAAAUAUCACAUUUUCAACAGGACUUGGAAAGGCAUUUGAUGCAGAAUCUUUGCAUGAUAAUAGAAAAAUAAAACAAUUACCCUGUGUUUGUUUGUUUGUUCUGAAUGUUGGUAGGUCUUCAUAGCUUUGUUACAUUGACUCCUUGAACAAGAAGGUAUUUAAUAAAAUAACAUUUAAACCGUGCCUUUAGUCUCUUGUUGCUCAUCACCUCCAUUAAAAUAACGUUUGUCACUGAAUCUUAUUUAUAUAUGUGCAAAAUGUUUCUUUUCUUCCUCUUAAACCAUUUGAUUGUGACUGUUUCACAAAAUAAAAUAAUCUUUUAUGUGUGCUAA